CUCUAUUCUGAUGUCUCAUGUAGCGUCUCUCUCUCUCUCCUGCACACCAACGUUGAGGUGCAAGUCUGUCCUUCUUCUGUACCAGUUUUAUCUCGACAUCGGUCUUGGCUGUGACCCAUUACUACAGUCAUGGCACCCAAAAAGAGCAAGGCUGCUAAAAAAAAUAAAGCUGAUAUCAAUGAGAUGACAAUAAUAGUAGAUGACAGUCCCAGCAGCAAAAUAAAUGGACUAAACACUCUCCUGGAAGGUGGAAACGGCUUCAGUUGCAUCUCGACCGAGGUCACCGACCCUGUAUAUGCACCUAACCUCCUGGAGGGUCUUGGCCACAUGAGGCAAGAUGGCUUCCUCUGUGACCUGACUGUUGCAACUAAGUCCAAAUCCUUUGACGUUCAUAAGGUUGUGAUGGCUUCCUGCAGCGAAUACAUCCAAGGUAUGCUCCGAAAGGAUCCAUCCCUGAAGAAGAUUGAGCUCAACGAUUUGUCACCAGUUGGUUUGGCUACAGUCAUCACUUACGCAUAUUCUGGAAAACUGACAUUGUCUUUGUACACCAUCGGCAGCACAAUCUCAGCAGCCAUGCUGUUGCAGAUCCAUACUCUGGUGAAGAUGUGCAGCGAUUUCUUGAUGCGGGAGAUUAGCGUGGAGAACUGUAUGUACGUCAUCAAUAUUGCCGACACAUACAAUCUGAAAGAGACGAAAGAAGCCGCUCAGAAGUUCAUGCGGGAUAAUUUUAUUGAGUUCUCAGAGAUGGAGCAGUUCCUGAAGCUCACCUAUGAGCAGAUUAGCGAAUUCCUCAUGGAUGACUCACUUCAACUGCCUUCAGAGCUUACAGCUUUCCAGAUUGCGGUGAAGUGGUUGGACUUUGAUGAGAAGCGGCUGAAGUAUGCUCCUGACCUGCUGUCCCACAUUCGCUUUGGAACCAUCAUACCUCAGGACCUUGUCAGUCAUGUACAGAAUGUUCCCAGGAUGAUGCAAGAUGCAGAGUGCCACCGUUUGUUGGUCGAUGCCAUGAAUUACCAUCUGCUGCCGUUUCAACAGAACAUCCUUCAGUCCAGAAGAACCAAGGUCCGGGGUGGUCUACGUGUACUGCUCACAGUGGGUGGACGACCUGCCCUAACAGAAAAGUCCCUCAGCAAGGACAUUCUCUACAGAGAUGAGGACAAUGUCUGGAAUAAGCUGACUGAGAUGCCAGCAAAGAGUUUCAACCAGUGCGUGGCUGUUUUGGAUGGUUUCCUGUAUGUGGCUGGUGGUGAAGACCAAAAUGAUGCUAGGAACCAAGCAAAACAUGCUGUGAGCAAUUUCUGCAGAUAUGACCCUAGAUUCAACUCUUGGAUCCACCUGGCUAACAUGAUUCAAAAGCGUACUCAUUUCAGCCUUAACACCUUCAACGGUCUCCUGUUUGCUGUGGGUGGACGAAAUUCUGAUGGUUGCCAGGCGUCUGUUGAGUGCUAUGUUCCAUCCUCUAACCAAUGGCAAAUGAAAGCAGCAAUGGACGUCCCUAGAUGUUGCCAUGCCAGCACAAUUAUUGAUGGCAAGAUCUUGGUGACUGGUGGUUACAUUAACAAUGCCUACUCACGUGCCGUAUGUUCUUAUGAUCCGUCCACUGACACCUGGCAGGACAAGAAUAGUCUAAGCACCCCAAGAGGAUGGCACUGCUCAGUGACCGUCGGAGAUCGUGCAUAUGUUCUUGGUGGCAGCCAACUGGGUGGACGCGGUGAGAGGGUGGAUGUCUUUCCAGUUGAAUGUUAUAACCCUUACUCUGGCCAGUGGAGCUAUGUUGCCCCCUUGCUCUCAGGGGUGAGCACAGCAGGCACUGCCACCUUGAAUAACAAGAUUUACCUCCUGGGUGGUUGGAAUGAGGUUGAGAAAAAGUAUAAAAAAUGCAUUCAGGUCUAUAAUCCUGAUAUCAAUGAAUGGACUGAGGAUGAUGAAUUGCCAGAAGCUACAGUUGGUAUUUCCUGUUGUGUCGUUACCGUCCCCACACGCAAAACACGGGAGUCGAGGGCCAGCUCUGUAUCAUCAGCACCAGUUAGUAUAUAGGCCUAAGCAUUGAGAUUAGGGACAAUGGUUAAUUAGCCAACUGUAAAAUGUUCAACUUAAUAUUUGUUAAAAUAACUUUUUUUCUCAGAAAUGUCAAAAUUAAGUGUCAGUUCGUGACAAUCUCAAAAUUUUGAAUCAGUCUAGAAUGGGGGUUCUAAAGUCAGUGGAGAGCCAGUGUCCUGUAGAGUUUAGCUUCAACUUGGCUCAACACAUCUGUCUGGAAGUUUCUAGUCUGCCUAGUGAGACCUUGCCUGUGUCUCAAUCAGCUCCCUUGUUCAGUAGUCAGGGCACUGACCAGUGAGUCAGCCAUUUUAAGGGCUGUCUCAUUUGCAAAAUCCUUCUAGUGCACUGAAACGUUCUUUCUCUAAAAAAUCCCACAAUGCACCGCAAAAACCAAGGAGCAUCGACGCUCCCUAUUUUCCCUUACCGGGAAUCACGUGACAAGUUUUGAAGAUGCUUAACCGAAAUCGCAGGAGCCAACUUAAUGAACUUCAUGAAACACGAUAAUUUUAUGUUAUGUAUAAACAAACGUUGCUAGACAGGAAGGCAACACAACAGUUAAAUUUAAUAAUCAACCAAAUUUGUGCACUGAUA